UAACAUUAAAAACAAAAACAAAAAGUUAUGCAUCAGAAAAAACAAAAGAAAAAAAAUCUUCCAGAACGUAAAAUCCAGUUCUUCUCUAAAUAUUUCUAUUAGCUUUUACUUCUGCCACAUUAGAUUAAACCUCUGUGUCUGAACACAAGCACUGAAGUUCAGGCCUAUUACUUGCUGUCCUUUUCAUGGGAUUCUGGUUCUUGGGUCAGUAGAUAGAAUGUACAAAAAGACAAGAGAGUUUUGAUGCUUCCUGAAAUUACACACACUUGGGGAUAUAACUUUAUACUUCUGAAGAAAAUGUGCAAAAAAUACUGCACUGUUGAACUAAAACCUUGGCUACUGAGCUGCUGAAUGCACUGGUGAUUCUCUUUGAUUUUGUCCUGCAGAAGAUUCCUGAUCGUUAUGAGGAGCCCCAGGCAGAGGAUCACAUGGCUCCAAGAGAUGAGCAGCGGCGUUGGGAGGAAGACCACAUUGGGGCAGCUGCUCUCCGUUUUGGGGCCCGGGACGCCAAUCAGCGCCAUCCACGCAAAGACUAUGAGUAUGUGCUUGAGGAGGAUGAGAUGAUCCAGUUUGUGAAUGCUGUGCAAAUGCGGGGCGCAAAUCAGAACAAGGAGGAGAAGCCAGAACUGUCCCAGGCUGAACUCAAGAAGUUGUCUAUCCAGGAGGUGCGCCGCAGCCUUCCUAUUUUCCCAUACCGUGAAGACUUACUGGCCGCCAUUGCUCAACAUCAGAUGCUGAUUAUCGAAGGGGAAACCGGCUCUGGCAAGACCACUCAAAUCCCACAGUAUUUGUGCGAAGAGCCUUCACGGCAAGCCAAAACCCCACUGAAAAACAACACUGUUAAGUGCCAUCCAGAACUUUAGAAGGGGUUACACCAAGAAAGGAAUGAAGAUUGGCUGUACUCAACCCAGGCGAGUCGCAGCUAUGAGUGUUGCUGCCCGUGUUUCUCAGGAAAUGAAUGUCAAGCUUGGAAAUGAAGUAUGUUUUGAAGAGGGAGAGGGGAAGGAACAAAUUUGUAUAGUUUAUAUUACCAAUCAUUUUAGUCAGUUUAUAAUCCCUGAUUUAAUUUUGGGAUGGCCAGUAAUGAUUUUAAUGGCAGCCAAUAUCAGUGGAGAAAAAGUUGGUUCUCUGGCCUGAAAACAU